CGUGAUGGGGAUGGCCCUAUCGAAAGAUGGUUCCCAUCUCAUCUUGAGCGUAGCCUACCGUUUUAAUUCUACCACAAGGUUCUACGACAGUGGCAGCAUCACGUCCUUGUCUGUUUCUGACUCCUCCCGUCUUUSUAUCUUCUCCUCAAGGCCCCUUGAGGUUUUUAACAAUACCGGUUYGUACCCUUCCGGAGAGCGCGCGCUUACUCUGAACUCAACUAUAUUCGGGUCGAUAGCUCGGGACUUCCGUCGGAUGUAUCAUUAGAAUCUGCGCGUACAAACAUAAAUCGAAUGGAAAUUGUUAACGUCAUAUUCCAAUCUCAAAGCUUUGUGAACAGUUGCCUUUAUUUUUCGCAGACAGAUGGGUUCCACCUGUACGGGUUUCACCCGUUCAUCGGGGAGACCGGACCCACAGUGCUAUUGAACUUUUCUCCAUUAAAUACGGAACGUAGGAAUGAUGUUGUGGUCACCCGAGACGGGUGUCAUCUCUUUUAUUCCGUAGGGCGUCGUCUUCGUACUGCGGACGUCCGCAAACAAUGCUCUCAGGUAGAAAAUGACAAUUAUGAGAUGGGGUACCGAGGGGGUACACUAAUGGGACUGGCCUUGAUGCAGAAUGAAGUGGGGGAGGACACAUACUUAUACAUGGGCUCUGACGACGGGAAACUUUUUGAAGUGCAGUUGAACAGGUCUGGCAGACGCUGUGUAUUAGAAGCGGAACCAAGCAUUCCCCCCGCACCUGAAGGUGUCGUAGAAUCAAAACCAAGCAAUCCCACUGCGUCUGGACCUGCCAUCACUGUUCUGGUAGCAUCUGGGGUGGCUGGCACAGUGGUCGCCAUGGUAAUCAUUGGUAGCUCGAUUUGCCUAUGGAGGAGAGCGCGCCGCCCACCAGCUGGUCCGGAACGUCUCCCGGAUGUCGGUGAACAAGCGACUUCAUCUUUAAUGGAAGAUGAAGCGUUGGACGCGUGGGGAAUUAAGCCGUCGCGGGUCAAGCAGUUCAUUUUCAGAGUCCUGUCGGAAUGUAAGAAUUGGGGAGAAGGGAGCGUUUGGGAAGGUUUACAGAGGCUCGCUCGACGGCGAGGAGGUCGCGAUGAAGGUGAUGACGGGUGAGCUAACGG